GCUUGGGAAUAAUAAUGAUGUGUGUCUCUUUGCCAUUUAGUGUACUAAAUCCCAUUUCAGUAUACCCUGGGUACCCAGUGUGGGGGUCAGUGAUGUUUAUUGUUUCAGGGUCCUUGUCAACUGCAGCAGGAAAUAGAACUACACGAGGUCUGGUGCAAGGUAGCCUAGGAUUGAAUAUCACCAGCUCAGUCGUGGCUGCCAUAGGGAUCAUACUCACUGCUUUGAGCCUGACUAUUUUUUCAUCCAGCCACCUUUAUUGUGACUCUAAUCGGAUGCCAGAAAACUGUGCCAUGAUCUGGUCCAUGUUAAUAGUGAGUUCUUCCUCUUUUCAUGAAGUACUGUAAUGGAAGCAGGUCACAGGAGCCCUGGUUCUGGCAGAAGUAACAAUCAGCAUUCUUUACUUGCUUGAUCACUAUGGGAACUUUGAGAAAUAGGGCAAUGUGUUAUUUAGGAGU